AUAUACAUAUAUAUAUAUGAUUUUUUCAAAUCUAUGUAUGAAAUAUGUAUAUGAAUUUUUACGAGCCUCAUAAGUCUGUUGUUAAUUGUCAACGAAAUACAAAGGGAAAAGAUACAUGGUAGGAUAAUAAAUAUUCUGAGACGUACAAAUCACAGCAGGGUGCAUCAUCGUCGUCAAGCUAAACAGGAAGGAAGACACAGUAAUUGAACAAACGAUCCUAUCCAAAAUGCGAUUGCAUACACUGUUGACGCAUUCGAGCCGGGGUACUAAUUCAUUGCCGCUCCAUGUGACUGACAUUAACUAAUUCAGUGGUCUAAUACAUCGGUGGUGUAGGGUCAUGGAACUCAUGGGACCGAUUCUUGGUCUUUUAUUCGUUCGUAUGUAAGUCUCGCAAGUAACGUACUAGUUAAUAAUAAUAAAAAUUGUUCAAUUUGUUUUCUUUCAAUAAUUUAUAGUAUCUUUGUAAACGUCGAUCGUUGAUUCAUAUGACACUACCGUGUGUGUUCAUAAAAAGCGUCAUUUCAACAAUAAGUAGUGAGUCAUAUAUGUAUGUACGUAUCUUCUUCAGACGCACGUCAUCGUUGUAACAUCGUUAAACUCUGGAGAUCAAGGAAACAUUGUUAUUUUUCUAAAGAACAUUUUUAUGGGAAAGUUAGAAUUUUGCAAGAAAUCGAUUUAUUAGGAUGAAAGAGAUAGAAAAAUAAGGAGAAAUAUUGUUGACGCUCAUUCGGAGUGAUUCUUAAGUAUUUUGUUCGUAAAAAAUCAUUCUAAACAAAGGCGGUAAAUUCUAAUCAAGAUUCUAAUCCACCAACUCCCACCCUAAUUGUUCUUUUCUCUUUGUUGUUAUCCGACGUGCGGGAUGUAAAUUUUGAAAAUUUGCGUUGUCGGUAACCUUUUUCGUAUGCAUUAUCUCAAGCAACGCUAUCUUAACACCUUUUUGCUUGCUCCAUGUAGAAACACAAGUCGACAAACUCAAAUAAGUAAAUUUAUAACUCAUAACGGCCCCGCGCGACUAACAAUAACUCUACCCGGAGUUUCUUACCAGUUCGUUAGAAGAAGCAAUUUGCUUCUUCGCAAUCAGUUGUUUUUUAAUCGGCCAACCGUGAUCCUCCGAUCCAACUCGCGAGCUUCUUGCCAUCGGGUUUAGCGAUUUUACAUAGUUGGAGAUGUAUGGUCGCUAUACGAAGGACCUUGGUGAGUACGCAAAAGAAGAGGCAAGAAGACUCAAGUAUCAUGAUAAGGCAAGAAAGAAGUACGACAAGACGAGGGCCGAGGAUCUUCGAAAAUCUCGAAGAGGUCCAUUGUGUAGAAAACUCUUGGCCUUGCUUGCCUUCGCUUGGAAACACACCGGAGCUAGAUUGGGCGAAGAUUGGGUAUUUCUGGCACUUUUGGGUGUUAUCAUGGCACUCAUAAGUUAUGCCAUGGAUCGUGGGAUUUCAAUGUGCAACAACGCUAGAAUAUGGCUCUAUCAAGAUCUGACGUCUCAUCCUGCUCUCCAGUAUCUCGCUUGGGUCUCAUUGCCCGUUUGUCUGAUUUUAUUCAGCGCUGGUUUCGUACAUAUCGUGGCACCCCAGAGUAUAGGCUCCGGUAUACCAGAAAUGAAGACGAUCUUAAGAGGUGUAGCCUUGAAGGAGUAUUUAACUUUCCGGACUCUUAUAGCAAAGGUGAUCGGUUUAACAGCCACUUUGGGCUCAGGUUUGCCAUUGGGUAAGGAAGGUCCAUUCGUUCACAUCGCCAGUAUCGUUGCGACUCUCCUAUCGAAAUUGGUCACCAGUUUCCAAGGCAUUUAUGAAAAUGAAAGCAGAAACUGUGAAAUGUUGGCUGCAGCCUGUGCGGUCGGUGUCGCAUCAUGUUUCGCGGCACCCAUCGGAGGUGUCCUCUUCAGCAUCGAGGUCACCACAGUCUACUUCGCAGUACGGAAUUAUUGGCGUGGUUUCUUCGCUGCCGUUUGUGGUGCCACGAUGUUUCGACUCCUGGCUAUAUGGUUUCAAAGAGAAGAAACUAUCACGGCCAUGUUCGUCACUAACUUCACCAUGGACUUCCCAUUCGAUCCUUAUGAACUUUUUGUGUUCGCUCUUAUUGGUGUCGGAAGCGGUUUGAGUGGUGCAUUUUAUGUAUGGUUGCAUCGACAAUAUGUUAUAUUUAUGAGAAAGAAUAAGAGCAUGAACAGUUUCCUUCAGAAAAAUCGCUUUUUAUAUCCUGGUAUCGUAUCCCUUCUGGUAUCAUCAGUAUCCUUCCCAUUGGGAUUAGGUCAGUUCAUGGCCGGUGAUUUGAACACUCACGAUCAAGUAUUUGGACUUUUCACAAAUUUCACUUGGACGAAGGAUAACUUGGGUGUCGAAGAAAACAACAUAGUCAAGCAUUGGUCGACCCCAUACACCGAUGUUUUCACCGGUCUCCUAAGCUACGUUCUCUUCACUUUCAUCUUUUCCAUCAUAAGUUCGACGGUGCCUGUACCGUCUGGCAUUUUCAUCCCGGUUUUCAAAAUCGGUGCAGCACUUGGAAGAACCGUUGGCGAGGCUAUGGCCCUUUGGUUUCCACAUGGUGUUCGAUAUGGUGGAAUUAUCACUCCCAUCAUACCAGGUGGUUAUGCUACUGUAGGAGCAGCUGCCUUUUCUGGUGCCGUAACACAUACCAUAUCCGUAAGCGUUAUCAUUUUUGAAAUGACAGGACAAAUCACUCAUAUAGUACCGAUAAUGAUAGCAGUCUUGAUCAGUAAUGCGAUCGCCGCACUUUUACAACCAAGCAUAUACGAUAGCAUUAUACUUAUCAAAAAGUUACCUUAUCUACCGGAUCUUCUACCAUCGAGUUCAGGUAUGUACAACGUUUACGUCGAAGACUUCAUGGUACGUGACGUGAAAUACAUUUGGCACGGCAUCAGUUAUCAAAGACUCAAAGAGAUACUUAAGGAGAAUCGCAAACUUCGUGGCUUUCCACUGGUAGAUAAUCCAGAAUCAAUGAUAUUAUUGGGUUCAAUUCAAAGGCUAGAAUUGAUCAAAUUAAUAGAAAAACAUAUUGGACGUGAAAGGAGAUUACAAGUCGCACAAAAAUGGCACAAAGAAGCAGAGGAAAGAGCAAGAGAAGAGAUGGAACGUCAAUUGAGAGAACAAGAAAAAACAAGAAGACCUUCCAGAUUCGAGGUCAUCCCAGCUCCAGACAUUCUUAAAAUGCAAAGGCAAAGUGUUAAUGAUCUAACGAUGUCGACAAAUAAUGGUGGUGGGCCGGAUCAUCAUACGUAUCAUUCACCGGUCUUCGGAACUCAACCAAAGAAAUCUAUUUUAAAGAAAACCAAUUCCUUCACUUUGAAAGGAUUUAGUCCACUAGUCAGCCCAGCUGUUACACCAUAUACAACGGUUACUGGAGCAGAAAGCAGAAUACGUCUAGCUUUUGAAGCGAUUUUUCGAAAAUCAGCAACUCUGCAAGAUGUUGAUCCAGAUCCAGAAAUGGGUACUGCUACCAGACGCGAAAGUCAAGAUUGUAUAGAUGCUCAGGCACAUCAACCUAUGCUUUCUUCUAGUCCAGCUACGUCGAAAAAAGUACAAUUGCCAAGGGAGAGAGUAAUUGAUAUGUCAGCUGAGGAUCAAAAAAGAUGGGAAGAAAGUGAGAUGGCUCUUGAAGUAGACUUUUCCAGAUGUCACAUCGAUCCUGCACCGUUUCAGCUUGUAGAAAGGACAUCUUUGCUAAAAGUCCAUAGUCUUUUUAGCAUGGUUGGUGUAAACCAUGCUUAUGUGACAGCCAUUGGAAGAUUGGUCGGAGUAGUGGCAUUAAAAGAGUUGAGAAAAGCUAUCGAGGACGCUAAUGCAGGAAUUUUGCCGAUGCACGCGGAAUCGCAUGUCGAUGCGUCAAAUUCCAGUUUAGUGAAGAGUGAAACGGAUGGAGAAAAUAAAAACUCAGUCAGUGCGGUGAACUCCGUUGUUUCGAUUGAAAAUGAGAAAGUUGAAAAAGUCUGAGAGAGAGAGAGAGAGAGAGAGAGAGAGAGAGAGAGAGAGAGAGAGAGAGAGAGAGAGAGAGAGAGACGCGAAUGAACAGACAAGAAAAGAAAGAAAAGAAAGCACAAAGAAAAAAAAUAUGAAACAACAAAUGUGAUAGUCACGUUGCAUGCUGUUGAUGCAAAUGUUGCAGCGUGACCUGGAAGAUGCACCUGCGAGAUGCGCCUCUUUUUACCUGUUCCCUGCAUUAUUUUUUUUUGCGAUCUUAUAUCUUCCUAUGGUACAUGUAUAAGCACAAGUUCUUCAUCGCAUAAUGACAGUAACUUGCAAAUAUUCCUCUCGUACUUAAGUUUGAGGCGUACAAAACAGUUACUGAUAUAUAUAGAGAUGAGAUUCCUUAAGUAUUACAUACUUUGAUUUGGACAUCAAUUUUUAAUCAUAAUAUUUUUCCAAUUGAAGCAUAUAUUAUCUAUUCUUCAGUAAUCUAAACGAACCAAAUAGUUUUUGGUUUCUAUCGCUUGAUAUAUCUAAUUCGUACGUAGGGGUCGUCAUAUCGGAGAAUUCUAUCUAAUGAUAUAUACAUAUCUAUGCAUAAAUAUAUAUAUAUAUAUAUAUAUAUAUAUAUAUAUAUAUAUAUAUAGCCACAUACACACACACACAAAAUAUUGAAAUGACAAAUUUAUUUUAAUGAGUACGUUUGAAAGAUCACGGUAACAUAUUUUUGAUCCUCUAUUGAUAUAAAUUAAUGUAGCAUAAUAUAAAUAUAUGUAAACAUAUACGCGUUAUAUAUAAGUAUAUCAAAGUGCGUAAGCAUGAGUGAGAACCCAAAUGAUUCGCGAUGCAAAGAAGGAAAUCAAAAGUGGAGAAACAGAAAGAGGUCGUGAACGUCGAUUCUAAAUAUAAUUCAUUGUUAAAAAAAUAUAAGAUAUAAUUUCAUAGUGAUAUAUCAAUGAUUUUACAUAAGGCUUUAUGCUCAAUAUUGUAUCGUGAAUCACGAUUUCCUUAUUAUUAUAAGUAGGAUAAUUUAUAUAAUAAUGUAUUUUUUUAUUUAAUAUAAAAACGGACAAAGUGAUUCAAAGUGCCAAAGGCAGAUGAUUGUAUCCUACUGUGUGAAGAAAGAAAGAAAAAAAGAAAGAAAGAAAGAAAGAAAGAUGGAAAGGAAGAAAGGAAGAAAAAAAAUAAAAUAAAACAAAGCAAAAAAAAACCAAGCAUAAUUUAAAUAAGAAAAUAAUUAUUUAAGUAGAACAAAGACAAUAUAGCACUCAUGGAAUGCUCCCUUAGCUCGUAACUAUCUGACUAUGGUUGUGCCAGACUAUUAUUUAUUAUAAUUGUUAAAUAUGUUGGUUGAGACAUAAGAAAAACAUUCGUAUCACACGUGUUGAAAUAUUAAUGAAGGAA